UUCAUUUUUUUAUUAUUUAUUUAGUUUUUCGAAAUUAAGUAUUUAGAAAUAAAUAUUUUUGGAUUGUAUAUAUCAUCGAGGUUGUUUGAUAUUUAUCAAUAAACAUUUUAAUAUGCAUUGGGGGAUAAAAAAAUUGAAUAUUUUUGCUGGGCAAUUUAACACCCGAGUGAACAUAGAAAUAACAAAAAGGGGAAUAUUUAAAAUAUUUACUUCUAUGGAAACCCCGAGUCAAAACAACAUGAGCUUUGUGCUGUACUGGUUCAAUUUGUUUGCUAUUUUAUUAACUGAAUAAAUAAAAUAAUUCAAAAUGAAUCGUGGAAGAUUGAGUUACGUUAGAUCAAUGAUAAAAUUGAAACAACAAGAAGAAAUAAUUGAAAAUGGAAUUGAGUCAUUUUUAAAGACAAUGAAAAUUGAUUCAGAGAUUCUUCAAGACAUUCAACAAAUAUAUAAAUUAAAUAACAUACAAAGAAAAAAAUUGACUGAUUCUCUUUGUAAUUUGAUGACAUAUAUUGCCAAGGACUUUGACACAAUUGACAAGAUGUUUAAUCAAUUAAACAAAUGUGAAAAAAUUGAUAUUCAUGAAAGCAAAUUACGAUUAACAUCAUUGCUCAAAUUGAUGAAUGAUUAUCAGCCACCAGUUGAUAUUAUUAUACUUGAAAAUGAACAGAAAGAACUUGAUGAUUAUAUGUAUGAAUUUAAAAUUUCUAUGGAUAAAUAUGAGGGUAAAAAAGGUAAAAAAAUGAUUGGAUUCAAUAGCAAUACGAUGAUUAGUAAAAUUAAAAAUAAUUUAAAUUACAAUGAGGUCAAAGAUUUUAAUGAUUUAAUUGCUAAAACUGGACAUUAUCAGUAUUGGAAAGAAGAUGAUCAUUUGUAUUAUUUAAAAAUGAGAAAAAAAUGUCAAACAAUAUCAUCACUUGUUGAUGAAAUACAAAAAAAAUUUCCAGAUUUAACAGAAGAGAAUAUUAAAAAUCACGAUGAAUGGUAUAAAACUUACAUUGAGUUGCGUAAAAAACAGCGUGAUUCUGUUGAAGAAUGGAGGAAAAAAAAAGAAUCUGAAAAAAAAGAACAACUAAAAUUAGUUGAACUUGAUGAAAAUGAUUGUCAAAAAAAUAAUAUAAAAUCAAGUAUUAAAAAUAAAAAAAUAAUCAAUAAAAAUGAUGAUAAAAAAAAAGAAUUAUUAAAUAAAUGGAAAAUUGAAAAAGAAAAAAAAAAAAUAAUUGAAAAAAAAUUAUUAAAUAAUAAAAUUAAAGAAGCUAUUAAUUGGAAAGAAAAAAAAUUUCUCACCCGUUCAGAAGAAAUAAAAAAAAUUGUUAAAAAAUAUAAAGAAAAUAAAAAAAUUAAUAAUAUUAAUUUAGAAAAUAAAAAUAAUGAUACAAUACUAAAAUCACAAGAAUUAAUUGCAAGUUUUAGAAAAAAUGAUAAUAAAUAUAUCGAAAAGAAAAAGGAUAAUUUAAAAUUAAAAAACAAUAAUAAUUUAAUUGUUAAAAAAAUUAAUAAAGAUAAAAAUAAUGGAACAUCAACAUUGUUAAAUACUACAAAAAUUUGGGAAGAAAAAUGCAAACAAGUUCCGACAAUUCAACAAUUUCCAAAGCCUGUUUUGUAUAUUAAAAAUUUACCCAAGCUAUCAACAUCCAGUUUGAGACAUCAGGAGUUUAAUCAGUCAUAUUCUUCUUGAAUUCAGUAAACCAUUUUGGCAAAAAUGAUGUUGAUGAAUCUGCUGGAGUACUUUCCAUUGAAAUACCUUCAUAAGGAGUUUUUGUAAAAGUGUAAAUUGUUUCUGAAUAAUCAUCUCUUACUCUGUCUUUGAGAAAAGACAAAAAUUCAUCAAGAAAAUUAAAGCAACAUUCAGUGUUCCAAUAAACCUAAACAAAUAA